GAAGUUGGAGUUCUUUUUGACCGUUUCCGGCUCUGGCAGACAUAUUGCUUACCGGAGCAAAUUCUGGAAAGCUAGCAGUGUGGAACGAUUUAAACUUUAUUUUCUUCGUCACAGUUUGAGACAUUCAAACCCCACCAAACACGAUGGAGCCAUCAGCCAGUCCGGCCAAGGAUAACUACAGGAUGAACCGCUACAAGAACAAAGCACUGAAUCCAGAGGAGAUGAGGCGCAGAAGAGAGGAAGAGGGCAUCCAACUCAGGAAGCAGAAACGAGAACAGCAGCUCUUCAAGCGGAGGAACGUGGAUGUUCUCAAUGAAGAGGAAGCCAUGUUUGAGAGUCCUCUGGUGGACCCCUCUGUGAGCUCCCCAGUUACAGAAGGAGUCAUCACCAGAGACAUGGUGGAGAUGCUUUUUUCAGAGGACCCAGAGCUUCAGCUCGCCACGACACAGAAGUUCAGAAAGCUACUUUCCAAAGAGCCUAACCCUCCCAUUGAUGAGGUCAUCAAUACUGCUGGGGUGGUGGAGAGGUUUGUGGAGUUCCUGAAGAUGACCACCAACUGCACACUCCAGUUUGAAGCUGCCUGGGCGCUAACUAACAUAGCAUCAGGAACGUCCCUGCAGACAAAAACGGUCAUCGAGGCUGGAGCCGUGCCAAUCUUCAUAGAACUACUUAACUCUGACUAUGAGGAUGUCCAAGAACAAGCUGUGUGGGCUUUAGGUAACAUUGCAGGAGACAGUGCAGUGUGCCGGGACUUUGUACUGAACUGUAACAUCCUUCCACCACUGCUGACGCUUCUGACCAAAUCCACCAGGUUGACCAUGACCAGGAAUGCAGUGUGGGCUCUGUCUAAUCUCUGUAGAGGGAAAAACCCUCCACCUGCUUUUGAAAAGGUGUCCCCCUGUCUGCCGGUGUUGUCCCGGCUCUUAUUUAGCAGUGACCCGGACUUGCUGGCAGACGCCUGCUGGGCUCUGUCUUACCUCUCGGAUGGACCCAACGACAAGAUCCAGGCCGUCAUCGACUCUGGCGUUUGCAGACGUCUUGUGGAGCUGCUGAUGCACACAGACUAUAAGGUGGCCUCCCCUGCUUUGAGAGCAGUUGGAAACAUCGUCACGGGAGACGACAUUCAAACACAGGUGGUGCUGAACUGCUCCGCCCUUCCCUGCCUGCUGCAUCUUCUCAGCAGCGCUAAAGAGUCCAUCCGCAAAGAGGCCUGCUGGACCAUCUCCAACAUCACAGCAGGAAACCGAGCACAGAUACAGGCCGUCAUCGAUGCUAACAUCUUUCCAGUCCUCAUCGGGAUUCUGCAGAAAGCUGAGUUCAGGACCAGGAAAGAGGCAGCCUGGGCCAUCACCAACGCUACGUCUGGAGGGACACCAGAGCAGAUCAGGUACCUGGUCAACCUGGGCUGCAUCAAACCGCUGUGCGACCUUCUGACUGUGAUGGACUCAAAGAUCGUUCAGGUCGCUCUGAACGGCCUGGAAAACAUCCUGAGGCUGGGCGAGCAGGAAGCCAAGCAGGAGAACAGCGGCACAGGCACCAAUCCUUACUGCAGCCUCAUUGAAGAGGCCUAUGGACUUGAUAAGAUUGAGUUUCUCCAAAGCCACGACAACCAGGAGAUCUACCAGAAGGCCUUUGACCUCAUCGAGCAUUAUUUCGGCGUGGAGGACGAGGACAGCAGUCUGGCCCCCCAGGUGGACCAGGCCAACCAGCAGUUCCUCUUCCCCCAGCAGGAGGCUCCCAUGGAGGGCUUCCAGUUAUAGGUCAGCGGGCCUGUCCUCAGAAGUGCACCACUUCAUUCCCUCUCUACCUUUUCUUAUGGUGGAGAACCCAGCGAAGCCCGAGUACCACCCCCUUUAUGAUCUUCACACACACACUCACACACACACCUGCCCGUCAAAAGACACCCAGAACUGUGGAUCCGUUCAGAGCCGUGGAUCCGUUUGGCUCCUCCUCCUCCUGUCUGUGCAGCAGACGGACGUCCCACAGAGCAGACGUGUCCCUGAGUGGUGGGGAGGGCGUGGUUGUGGUGUUGUAGAGCAGCCGGUAGUGUGUAGUUGUCCAGCAGGAACGCGGGUUCUCCGUCAGCUUCAGCUCAUUCUGUUCUGUGUGGUGCAGGUGAAGAACGCCCAGCAGCUCAUGGUAUCAGUCUGACUGCUGUAGAGGAAAACAAAGUCGAGUUUCUCCUUUAAAUGACCCCCCCCUCGUCUGCCCCUUCCUGAUGUUUUUUGUUGAAAGUGCUGGUUUCUCUGCCCUGAAGCUGGGCAAGCUGGGUUAGAAAACAAUCUUAAUUUAGGAGAGCUGAGGGGGGGCUAGUUUAAUCCAUGUUUGUGGUGUGCUGUGUUCCUAACAUCUGACGUUUUGAGUGGCCUGAUGGUGUAACAAAGGGUAUUUGGGGUUUUGGAGGUGGUGGGGGGCAGCAGACCGGAUCUACUUAUUCAUUUGUCAACGUAUAGGUGGUCUGAUGCCCCACCCCCCAUGCUGUAAAUGAUGGGGGCGGUGUGAGGGGGCAGAGUGGCUAACGUGGGGGACCGGCGCUUUUUCUGACGUUUGGGUGUAAAUAGGUCUGUGAGCCCCUCGAGGCUGGGGGGGCAGGGGUCAGACUAGUGAUGAGCCUAACUGCAACAACAUUCAAACAUGGGUUGGUAUUUGAACUUGGAUGUAUUUGCAUUGUUUCUGACUGCGCACACUUCAUGCACACGUGCACACAACACCAGCAGACACUGUACACAAAGCUCACAAACGAGUGGCUGGAAGCAAAGCAGCUCCUGAAUGAAAGUGCUUAACAGAAAAAAAAGGAGGUUUUUCCUUUGUUUGAGCACAAAGUGAAGACUAAGUUUAAUUUUUGUUAUGAUGACGAUGCAGCUCUUAGUUUAGUUUGACUCUAAAAGGAGGAGCAGAGUUCAGUCACAGGAAACUUCUGUUUGGUUUUUGCUUCCAGCCACAGGACUUUAGCUGGAUGGACUCGGCACCGCAGAUCCUGACCCGGCUGCAUUUGAUGGGGGCUGGUGUCAGGGCGGUGCUGAGUGGGCGGAGCAGACCUGGGAUGUUUGACUGACAGGUGCUGUGAGGCCAACGGACUCCACCGAGACUAACGUGGGUCUGGGAGCCCGGUUCUGUUGAUGACUCGAGCAGCUCUGCCUUCACAUUCAGAACCUUUACAAUGAAGGAAAAGCCGUUGUUGACCGUUUAUGAGGACUUCCACUAAAGGUUCCUGGAUGGAGGAAGGCGCUGCAUGCACUGUUGUCCACAGAACGCGGCGGCUCCCCGCGGACCCGCCCAAACCAGAACCCAGACCUGCAGCGUUUGAGACCCGAGUCUCUGACGUCACGGCCAAUCCUGCACUCGGGCUGAAGAUGCCAGAUUGAAUCGCUGCGUCAGCCGGGAAGAAAUGUUUCUCUGCAAACCAGAAAUGCACUCCUGCUCACUAAAGUGCCAAUCCGACCAACAAAGACUGGAGGUUCUUAUGUUUCUAUAGAUUCUUUAUAUCUUUAUUUACUUGAAUGAGCACACACGUUGUGCAAAACAUUGCUGCUCUAUUUUGCUUCUCUCUAAAGUUACAUGAGUUGCCAUGGCUCUCUGGGACGCGUGGCCUGGGGGGGGGGGGGGGGGCUCUCUGGGUGUUCAUGUAAACGUUCAUCAUUCACUGCAAAGGUUUGGCAUCAAAGUGUGCUUUUUUUGUUAUGGGGGGGGGUUGUUGGGGUCGUGUUCAACCCUGUAAGCCCCCUUCAGCUGCUCUACGGAGCCUCAUUUGCAUAGCCCCGCCCCUUCCUUCAGAGAACAGCUUUGUCUCAGAUUCAAGUUUGAAAAUGUGCUGAAUGUUCUGUAAGAAUCCUUCUCCAAUCAGGUUAUCGGUCCUCCGCUCUAGACAUUUUCAAAGUUCAAAUCUGGGAAAGGAUGCAGUGAUUUACAUUAAAGAGCAUUAUCUUGGAAACUAUAUGUAUGUUCUGAUACAUUGACAAGAAUUCACACAUAAUUCUAAUCACUUCUGGGAAGUGGAGAAAAUCCUCUUCAGGACUCGACUAAAGAAUUGGAGGUGAGGAAGCCUUCCCUGCUUCUCCCGAUCAGGUUCAGAGCGGUUCUGUGAGGAACCGGGCCGUUCCAGUCCAGCGGCAAGGACCCCUGAAGGGGAGCGAACACAAAUCUCAAAAUGAUCUCAUUGUCUUCCGUCCUCCACUCUGUUGGUGUCCUUUUGAAAAUCUAAAGCCAUGCUUGGCUCAGUCAAGUGAUGUCUAUGCUGCAAAUGUUUACAGUGCUGUUUGUAAGAUACUUUGACAAACGGACCGGUCCCGGUGGAUUCUCUGCUCUGGUCGGCUGUCUUUGACUCAUAUUUAUUUUCUCUUUUCUUGUUUAUAUAUAAUAUAUAGUUCAUGUUUUUUUUUCCAUUUGCUCUAAAUUACCCAUCUUAUACUGUGACCCGACUCGACUUUACCGACUGUAAGAAUGAGAGACUAACACACUUCAGCUGAACACGACACACAAACAUGAACACACAAACAGGAAACUGCAACAUGCUGUAAAAUGUAAAGAAAAUAUAUGGAAUUUAAAAUGUUCCGAGAAAAUACUGUACAAAACAAAUAAAGUUAUGUUGCAACCCUUUCAA